AUUCCUUUCGCCACGAGUAAGGGUUUUGGGAGGCGGUACAUUGACAGCAGCCAGGAACCAGCCAGCCACAAGGCGCUGACUGACACAGACUUGGGCUGGGCCAGAUAUAAACAGCAGCCACUUAGCAGAUGCAACACAUCUGGGCGAGGCGAGAAGACACUCUACACCAUGGCAAAUCUAUCCCGGAUUGAGGUGUCGAUGCAGAACCUGAUUGAUGUUUUCUACGAGUACACUACGGCCGACAAGUACACUUUGAACAAGCCUGAGAUGAGAAAACUGGUGGAGGUUGAACUGAACCAACUCACCAAGAAUAAAAAAAACGUUGAAUACUUUGACCAGCUAUUUAAAGAUUUGGAUUUUGACAGAGACGGAGAAGUGAACUUUGAAGAGUUCGUGUCAUUUAUUGCAGGAAUCAUGUACUCCUGCAAUGAACUGUAUCUGCAGAAGAAGCAACAAAUGGCAAAGGGCUGCAAAAAGUAACUAGUGAUCUCAACUCAAUCAUGUGAAUACAAAAGCCUUUAGUAAACAACCUGUGUAGUGUGCUUGUUAUUGUUAUUUUUAAUCCAAAUAAUAAAGUGACUGGAACAACCAA